CGAGCUGAUGUUCCAUUCCAACACAUUUCCGGCGGCCAAGACCAGCCACGGUUGAUCAGCAAGCGACCAGCUGAGCUCCCUCUAGCUAGCAACCUGCGACCUUCCGGCCGGCUGCUGACAGGGGAUGGACUGCGGUGGCGCGCUGCAGCUGCCGCCGGGGUUCCGGUUCCACCCGACCGACGACGAGCUAGUGAUGUACUACCUCUGCCGCAAGUGCGGCGGCCUGCCCCUCGCCGUGCCUGUCAUCGCCGAGGUCGACCUCUACAAGUUCGACCCAUGGAACCUCCCGGAGAAGGCGAUGGGAGGGGAGAAGGAGUGGUACUUCUUCUCGCCGCGGGACCGCAAGUACCCCAAUGGGUCGCGGCCGAACCGCGCGGCGGGGGCGGGGUACUGGAAGGCCACUGGCGCCGACAAGCCCGUGGGCUCGCCGCGGCCGGUCGCCAUCAAGAAGGCGCUCGUCUUCUACGCGGGGAGGCCGCCCAGAGGCAUCAAGACCAACUGGAUCAUGCAUGAGUACCGCCUCGCCGACGUCGACCGCUCCGCCGCCGCGCGCAAGAAGACCAACAACGCGCUCAGGCUGGAUGACUGGGUGCUGUGCCGGAUCUACAACAAGAAGGGCGUAAUCGAGCGGUACGACACGGUGGACGAUGUCGACGCCGGCGACGACGUCAAGCCGGCCGCGGCCAAGAACCCGCGGGCGGCUGCUGCUGCUACUGGCCGCGGCAGGGCGGCGGCGAUGAAGGUCGAGCUACCCGACUACGGGUUCUACGACGACUACGAGCCGGCGCCGCCGUCGGCGGGGAUGCUGUGCUUCAACCGCCCGCUGCCGUCGGCGGACCGCGACUCGAACUCGAUGCCGCGCCUGCACACGGACCACUCCAGCUGCGGCUCCGAGCACGUGCUGUCGCCGUCGCCGGACCUCCCGGACCGCGACCACGCCGAGAGCCAGCCCGGCUGGUUCGGCUGCGCCGACUGGGGCGACGACGGGUUCGCCGUCGCCAGCGGCGGCGCGCUCUUCGGGCCACCGUCGCCGGCGGGCUUGUUCGCCCGCGACGCCGCCGCGUUCGGCGACAUGUUCGCGUACCUGCAGAAGCCGCUCUGAAGCGACGCCGUGCGUCGCCCUGCUCUAGCCGACUAACCACCUGACAUGUUCGGUCCAAAUUACGAUUCGAUCUAGGUAGUACAGCGAAACCAAAAACAACGUGCACAUUUGCACACCCACUGCGGCAGAUCAAAGAAAUAUAGGGCUAAUUAUCGCCUUAUCGAAAUUUCGGCGAAAUUUUAAUCCCUGAUUAUCGGCCGAGUCGGCGAUCGGGUGCACGGUUUUCUGCACCAUAUCAGGUGUUUGUUCAACAAUCGGAUCGACGAACAACUGAUAGUUGAACAAAGAUCUUUGCACCUGGUCACUUGCCCUGCUCAUGGCUGCCGCAUGGUAGAUGACUGGUGAUCUUCGUUGGUAGAUAGCCGUCGGAUCGGGUCUGAUGAAUUUAACCUGUCAGGUUUUGUGUUGUGUUAAUCAGUUGACAACUUGGCACGCCUAAUGAAUUCAAGAUAACAAACAACAAAACCAAUAUGAAAAAGAAAAAUACAAGUUUUGGAUUCAGGGGGGCUGUUGAAGGUAUUGUGUAUCUAGUCCAGUGGUAGCAAGGAAUUAUUGGGUUCAGGUUGGCGGCAGAGUUGCAAGCUUUGUCUAGGUCUGUUGGGUGCAAUGCAGUGAUUGCAAUGUGGUGUAGUGGAGUCGCUUUCGGUGGUUUCUCUCAUGACCUGGAAAGCAAAAUUUUGUAAUGCAAUUAUCGUAAUGAAGUGUCGUAAGCUGUAAUUAUAUA